AUGUCAGAUCUGUACACUAAGUUAUGUUAAUACAACAUUACAUUUAACAUUACAAGGACAUUUGAUGUAAAUCCUAAAAUUGAUUAAAUUGUUUUUAGACGCUUCAAUUCCUGUUACACCAGUUUUUUCUCAUUUAUAACAGAGAAUUGAAAGAAAAAAAUAUAUUGUAUCAAAUCUAUACCAGCAUAAUNCAUGCUGGAGGUGCUAAGUAUGAAGGGGAAUGGCUAAAUGAUUAAUAACAUGGAAAGGGAGUGGAAGUUUGGCCUGAUGGUUCUAAAUAUGAAGUAUAAAAUUGUCUAAUACUAAAGGGUAUGUAUACUUUUGGAAAGAAAAAUGGAAAAGGAAAACUUUAAUUUGCAGACAAUAGUAUUUAUGAGGGAGAAUUUUUGGAUAAUGAAAUCAGUGGUUUUGGUAAAUAUACUUGGAAUGAUGGUAAAACUUAUACAGGCAAUUGGUUAAAUAAUAAAAUGAAUGGUUAUGGUGAAACCAUUUGGCCAGAUGGGAAAAGUUAUAAAGGCUAUUACUUAGAUGAUAAAAAACAUGGUUAAGGAGUGUUCUCUUGGAAUAAUGGUAAAAAAUAUGAAGGAGAAUGGGCUUUGGGAAAAUAAAAUGGUAAGGGAAUAAUCAUCAAUGAAACUGGUGAAAGAAAAGCUGGAAUUUGGGAAAAUGGUAGAAGAAUAAAAAUUGAAGGAGAAAAUGAUUAAACUGCUGAAGGAGAAACCUGA